GUGAAUGGCAGGCAUAAAGUUGGAAUAGGAGGGGGAUCUGAAACCGGAAUCUUUGCCAACUUCAAAGAUUUUAUCAACAAAACUAACUGGCACCAAGCAUAGAAUAGUAUUUAAAGUCACAAUAUAUCAACACCAAUCAUAACUAAUUAAACAAUACCCCCUAAAAAAAUACACAUACAAAGCGGUCAACUUGACGGUCUCCCCACCAACAGAACUUUUGACAGAAUUCUCCCGCGGAUACUAUUUGGCAAUCUUUUCAUCUUUCAGCUCCCUUUAAAACUUCCCCCAACUCCGUCAUAUCUCCACCAAACUCUCAUUCCCAGUCUUUCAAUUUCUGUAACAUGGUGGUGGUAUCCAUGGAUCAAAGCUCAAAAACUCGCCAGAUCCCAGUUAUUGACCUCUCCCUUGAUCGGCCACUCAUCUCACAGCACAUAGUGAAGAUCUGUGAAGAAUUUGGAUUCUUCAAGGUAAUAAACCACAGAGUGCCACCCAGAGUUUCAGCACAGUUGGAGGCAGCAGGGGGGGAUUUCUUCAAUUUACCAGCUGCAGAGAAGCAGCAGGCUGGUCCACCAAAUCCACUAGGCUAUGGUUGUCGAACCAUUGGGCUUAAUGGAGACAUUGGUGAGAUUGAGUACCUCCUGCUACCAGUUGAUACAUCUAGCGUUUCCCAGACAGCAAGGAUUGUUUGCAAGAAAGAUCCAAACAAGUUCAGCUGCGUGGUGAAAGAGUAUUUGGAGGCAAUGAAGAAAUUAGCUGGUGAGAUCCUGGAGCUGAUAGAGGAAGGAUUAGGGCUGGGGGGCAGUGGAGUGCUUUGCAAGCUUAUAAAGGGAAGUGGGAGUGAUUCUCUUUUAAGGCUAAACCACUACCCCUCAAACAGCAACAGCAACAGCAACAAAAAAGACAAAGAUAUAAAAAGCAGGACGGGGAGCAAAAGAAAGGGCAGGGAAAGCAGCAGGAUUGGGUUUGGGGAGCAUACGGACCCUCAGAUCCUGACAUUGCUUAGAUCCAAUGGCAUUGGUGGUCUUCAAAUACUGGCACCGGUGUCAGGGGGCUUGGGCGGUGGAAAGACGUGGGUUGCAGUCCCACCAGACCCCACUGCAGUGUUCAUCAACGUUGGAGAUGCUCUCCAGGCUAUGACAAACGGAAGGUUGGUGAGCGUGAGACACAGAGCAAUGACAAACUCCUAUAAGUCAAGGAUGUCCAUUAUCUAUUUUGCUGCACCCGAACUUCAUACAUGGAUCACUCCUCUUCCAGAUAUGAUCACAGCAGACAAUCCUCGCCGCUACAAAUCAUUCACCUGGGCUGAAUACAAGAAGGCCAUGUAUUCACUGAAGCUUGGACAGAAUCGCCUUGACCGUUUUAAAAUAGAUACAAGAGAAGGUGAUGCUCAAGUAUUUAAUCAUAACAGUUUGCAAGGAUUUGAUGAGUGAAGGUGUCAGGUUAUAGUUUUUCCUGAGUGAAGCAUCCAAAGUUUUGUUAUAGUUUGGGAGCGGUGAUGUAGUGCGGGUGCCGGACUGCUUGUUGUAAGAAAUUAACGGAACAGUUGAAUAAUGCUGCAAGAAUGUUUUUGGGUGUAAUAUUCAUGCUUUUACCAUAACUUUAAAAGAAUAGAGAUAAUACCCACUUGAUUUUACAAAUGCCACUAAAAAGUUCCCAGAAAAAUCAGUUCUCAAAAUAAGCAAUGAAACAAAUUUAAGAAAAUAAAGGGCACAAAAGCAAAACAUGCACUAGAAGAUCCAGUCAUGCAAAUCCACAUUCCCUCCAACUCCAAGCUCCAAUGAAAAUAGAGCAGAUGAAGAGACCGGAGCAUUGGAGGUGACUUGAGAAUUCAACCAAAGUUCUGCUUAUAGUUGUGGAAAAAUGCAUGCUUAAAAAUGCCCUCAAAUAAAGGCCACCACCCAAAAGAAUUUGCAGUGUGAGUUAAGGAGGUCUCAACCAUAACAGAAUAUUGCAUUUGGACUUAAAGAGGCAGGAUAAACUGUAAAUUCAUCCUAAAGAGCUAGCUCAAACGUUUUCAUUAUUUCAUUUUAAUAUCGCCUCAAGCUUCAAUAAAAACACAUUAAGCAUGAAAGAAUGAAGAAUUUUCAAAUUAACAUGAAAGAACUAGGGAAAAUAAUUCCUUAUACAAGAUUAAACUCAUAUACAUUUCAGAGGCUAAUCCACUUCAAAAACAAAAGAACUGCACAAAAUCUCUUUUCAGCCCUAAAGAACAGAGCACUGCAUGCACAAGAACCUUCCCAGC